AUGAGCCCAUCACCGGGUGACCAUCCUAACCGGACAAUUCCGGAAUGGAUGGAUCCCCAAAGUUUACACGGUCGUUUAUAUUAUUUGACGCUUCAAGGUGCUAAAGGAAAACAACUGCCAAAAAACCCGUUCUUAAUUGGACGUUCCAUCGAGAAUUUUGCGGGUAACAUUGAAGGAGCUUUCUUCGAAAAAUCCCGGAACUGGUACGUGCUUAAGAUCAGGAAUAAAAACCAAGGAAGAUUGCUGACAACAUUGACCACCCUAUUAGACGGUACACCGAUCAUGAUUGGUCGUCAUCCAAGCUUAAAUCAACGGAAACUAGUCGUCACCUGCCGAGAAGUGGACGGAAUGGAUGAUAAAGUCUUGUUGGAAGAACUCUCGCCUCAAAAAGUUAUUGAUGUCCGCCGCAUUACAAAAAAAACCACUACUGGAAUCAUAGGUACCUCAACGUUGAUUCUUACGAUCAACAGCACCAUUAUCCCGGAAUUUAUCAAUUUCGGACUCCUACGCGUUCGAACACGAAUUUACUAUUCGCAGCCUUUAUUAUGUCGACAAUGCUUGCAAUACGGUCACCCUAAAAGCCGUUGCAAGAAUCUGUUGGCAUGCAAAAAUUGUUCUAGAACACAUGAAAGCGCAAACUGCAAAGCCGAACCCUUUUGUGGGAACUGCAAAACAACAGGUCAUUCCCCUUUAGAUAGAAAGUGUCCCAUAUGGACAGCAGAAUCGACAGCUCUUAAGCUCAGCACCGAUAAAAACAUCACGAUCUACGAAGCCCGACGAAUGGUACACACGAGCAGCAACACAACCAGCUACGCGGAUGCAGUGAAAACCAACCAAACACAAAAGAGUACAACACAUCAGCAGCAAGUUAAUAAAAACGAAGAACCAAUCCAACAGACGAGCCAGAACCAGAAAAGAACACUUGAAAAACCGCACACUCCAACAGCACCGCAACAAUCUUUCCAGACUGAUAUCACCAGUUUGGAUUCAGAUUCACCGCCUAGAAAAAGGACCCCUCUUCCAACCUCUGUUCCUGCAACUUCGUCCCUAGAAGUUGUUCGCGAAGAUAUGGUUACAAACUCUUCUCGAUCAGUCGUGACGCGCAGUAUGCAGCAGGCGCGGCGGCCACCAGAGACACCCAAAUAA